CCAACAAAUGGAUGUGACAAGCGGCCGGCGGAGCCCCGGAGAGCGAGAAUGACCGAUACCGCUGCUUAACACAUGAAACCGACAUUUUUCUUUUUUUUCAAACUACAUCUGCGUAAAGAACAACGCUAAACUACGACCUUUUAACGUGUGGAGCGCAUUCAACAGUGCGCCGUACGGAGCUGCUGAAAGCUGCGCUGUGAAACAAGGUGGAGGAGUGAGUGAACCCUCAUCCGACGAGGACGACACGUCUCUCCACAUCCUCAUCAUACAUCUACAGUAUUAUCCAUUUUUAAUGUCGGGUAAAUCGUGAGUUUUAGUUUUUAAAUUUGAGUUUGCAAGAAUACGUGAUUUUUACGCACAGAUCAAAUGGAUGAUGCGCAAUUCCAGUCAUGAACGCGCAUCGCGAGACGCACGUUUGAUAUCUUGAUUUCAGAGGAAGUUUUUUUUUUAUUAUUCUGCGUGCGUUUGCUGUUGUCCCAACUUUUCCUCGCCGAGUUGAAGCCAGAUGGGAAGGCAGAGGAGUGGAAGGUGGUUGACUCAACAUGGCUGAGCCGCUGUGGCAUCAGGGGGCGCUGGCUGGAGCUCCCCAAAGCGCCUGAAUCUCAGUUGAGUUGUUUGUUUGGGGCUGGCAGAUGUCCAGGUGUCGAUAAUGUCGAAAAGGGACAGAUUCAACCCGGAUCCGUCCAUCCACAUAUCAAAGAUGGAUAUGAUCAUCCCGUUUUCUCCAGACGUGCCAUGUGACAGCAAUGGCCAGCGGAUGUGGUGGGCUUUCCUCGCCUCCUCCAUGGUCACUUUCUUUGGGGGUCUCUUCAUAAUUCUGCUGUGGAGAACUCUCAAAUACCUGUGGACUGUCUGCUGCCACUGUAAUGCAAAAAAGAAGGAGGUCCAUCGGAUCAUCACAGGCGAUGGCAUCAAGCGUGUUGAUAAGGAUGACCCGGCGGCAAGCGAGGUGGGCUGGAUGACCUCGGUCAAAGACUGGGCCGGAGUCAUGAUAUCUGCUCAGACGCUGACGGGCAGAGUCCUGGUGGUGCUCGUAUUUGCUCUCAGCAUUGGAGCCCUUGUAAUAUACUUCAUAGAUUCUUCUGAUCCUAUCGAGUCCUGUCAGAACUUCUACCAAGACUUCACAUUGCAGAUUGACAUGGCAUUCAACGUGUUCUUCCUGUUGUACUUCGGCCUCCGUUUUAUUGCUGCCAAUGACAAGCUGUGGUUCUGGUUGGAGGUGAACUCGGUGGUGGACUUCUUCACGGUGCCUCCGGUGUUUGUGUCUGUGUACCUGAACAGGAGUUGGCUUGGCUUGAGGUUUUUAAGGGCCUUAAGGUUGAUACAGUUCUCAGAAAUUUUACAGUUUUUGAAUAUACUAAAGACAAGCAACUCCAUAAAGCUGGUGAACCUGUGCUCAAUCUUCAUAAGCACAUGGCUAACUGCAGCAGGCUUCAUACAUUUGGUGGAAAACUCAGGGGAUCCUUGGGAAAACUUCCAAAAUUCCCAAGCACUUUCCUACUGGGAAUGUGUCUACUUACUCAUGGUUACUAUGUCCACUGUUGGCUAUGGAGACGUUUAUGCAAAAACCACCCUGGGCCGCCUGUUUAUGGUCUUCUUCAUCCUUGGUGGUUUGGCCAUGUUUGCGAGCUACGUCCCUGAAAUCAUAGAGUUAAUAGGAAACCGCAAGAAAUAUGGUGGUUCCUAUAGUGCUGUUAAUGGGAGAAAGCACAUCGUGGUCUGUGGUCAUAUAACACUUGAGAGUGUGUCCAACUUUCUAAAAGACUUCCUACACAAGGACAGGGAUGAUGUCAAUGUAGAAAUUGUUUUUCUCCAUAAUAUUUCCCCUAAUCUUGAGCUGGAAGCCUUGUUCAAGCGACACUUCACCCAGGUGGAGUUUUACCAAGGGUCUGUCCUAAACCCACACGACCUGGCUAGAGUCAAGAUUGAAUCGGCAGAUGCAUGUUUGAUCCUAGCCAACAAAUACUGUGCUGACCCUGAUGCUGAGGACGCAUCCAACAUCAUGAGAGUAAUAUCCAUCAAGAACUACCAUCCAAAAAUCAGAAUAAUCACUCAAAUGUUGCAGUACCACAAUAAGGCUCACCUUUUGAACAUACCAAGCUGGACCUGGAAGGAGGGCGACGACGCCAUUUGCCUUGCAGAGUUGAAACUUGGCUUCAUUGCCCAGAGCUGCCUGGCUCAGGGCCUCUCCACCAUGCUGGCCAACCUUUUCUCCAUGAGGUCCUUCAUCAAGAUUGAGGAGGACACAUGGCAGAAGUAUUACCUAGAAGGAGUAGCCAAUGAGAUGUACACUGAGUAUCUGUCGAGUGCCUUUGUGGGCAUGUCUUUCCCUGUAAUUUGUGAACUCUGCUACGUGAAGCUAAAGCUACUCCUAAUAGCUAUAGAGUACAAGUCUGAUCAAAGGGAAAGCAGCACCCUGAUAAACCCUGGAAACCACGUGAAAAUGCAGGAGGGGACCUUGGGCUUCUUCAUUGCCAGCGAUGCCAAAGAAGUAAAGAGGGCAUUGUUUUACUGUAAAGCUUGCCAUGAUGACAUUACUGAUCCCAAAAGGAUAAAGAAAUGUGGAUGCAAGAAAUCCAAGAAACCUGUCUACAAGAAAAUGAAACUGGCAUGUUGUUUUGAUUGCGGCCGCUCAGAGCGGGACUGCUCUUGCAUGCCGGUUAAUGUGCAUUGUAACACGGACUCUCCACAACGCGACAUCCCGCUCUCUGCUGUCUCUGUUAAUGAAUGCUCAGCCACUUUACGUGCCUCUAAAAAUAGCUAUAAUGGAUAUAUCAAAUCAAUUGAAGAUGACCAACAGUCGGCGCUAUCGCCUAAAAAAAAGCAACGCAAUGGAGGCAUGAGAAACUCUCCAAACUCUUCACCGAAGAUAAUGAGACAUGACCCGCUCCUCAUCCCGGGGAACGAGCAGAUUGAGACCAUGGAUGAGAACGUAAAGAAAUACGACUCCACAGGGAUGUUUCAUUGGUGCCCGUCCAAAGACAUCGAGAAGGUCAUCUUGACCCGGAGCGAGGCAGCGAUGACUGUUCUGAGCGGCCAUGUGGUUGUGUGCAUAUUUGGGGACGUGAAGUCAGCAUUGAUCGGUCUCCGAAACUUUGUCAUGCCCCUGAGAGCGAGCAACUUUCACUACCAUGAGCUGAAGCACAUCGUGUUUGUCGGUUCCCUUGAGUAUCUGAAACGCGAGUGGGAGACUCUUCAUAAUUUUCCAAAAGUUUCCAUUCUGCCUGGCACACCACUGAGUCGGGCAGAUCUGAGGGCUGUCAACAUCAACCUCUGUGACAUGUGUGUCAUCCUGUCAGCCAAUCAGAACAAUAUUGACGAUGCAUCACUGCAGGACAAAGAAUGCAUCUUGGCGUCACUCAACAUCAAAUCCAUGCUGUUUGACGACAGCAUCGGGGUCUUGCAGGCUAAUUCCCAAGGCUUCACACCACCUGGAAUGGAUAGAUCGUCUCCUGAAAACAGCCCAGUCCAUGGAUUAGUAAGACAGACGUCUGUGACAACUGGGGCAAAUAUUCCCAUCAUAACAGAACUAGCGCCAUUAGCAAAGCCAGGCAAAAAAGUGCCUGUGAUUUCAUUCAGUCAGGAUAAAAGCAGUGGGACCAGCAUACAAAUGAUAACUGAGCUGGUGAAUGACUCAAACGUUCAGUUCCUGGACCAAGAUGAUGACGACGACCCGGACACAGAGUUAUACCUCACUCAGCCUUUUGCCUGUGGGACAGCCUUUGCAGUCAGUGUGCUGGAUUCCUUAAUGAGUGCUACAUACUUCAAUGAUAAUAUCCUCACCUUGAUCCGGACGCUGGUAACAGGCGGGGCGACACCAGAGCUGGAGGGACUGCUAGCGGAGGAGAAUGCAUUACGGGGAGGCUACAGCACGCCACAGACCCUGGCGAACAGGGACAGGUGUCGCGUGGCACAGCUGGCUUUAUACGACGGGCCCUUUGCCGACCUGGGGGAUGGUGGUUGUUAUGGUGACCUCUUUUGUAAAGCCCUGAAAACGUACAACAUGCUGUGCUUUGGCAUCUAUCGGUUACGAGAUGCACAUCUAAACGCACAAAGCCAAUGUACCAAACGGUAUGUCAUAACCAAUCCACCAUAUGCGUUUGAGCUGGUGCCCUCAGACCUGAUAUUCUGCCUGAUGCAGUUUGACCACAACGCCGGCCAGUCUCGAACCAGCCUCUCCCACUCUUCCCAUUCGUCCCAUUCCUCCAGCAAAAAGAGCUCCUCUGUCCACUCUAUCCCAACCACCAACCGUACCAACCGCACCAAAAGCAGGGACACACGAGACAAACAAAAUGCAACAAGGAUGAAUAGAGUGGUCCAAGAAAAGACAUGGUUUACAGAUGAGCCAGAGAAUACCCACCUGAGGACCAUACAGAUCAAGCCUGUGAAUACCCUCUCCGUCAACCAAGUCAGUCAGUAUAAAUCCACAAGCAGCUUGAUUCCACCCAUCAGAGAAGCAGAAGACGAGUGCUGAGCUCCUGGACCCUCACUGACACCUGGACGCCUUGAAUCCCAGAAGACUCAUCGUGUAGGUGUCAAGCUGAGAUAUUUUAAUCAUCUGCAAACACAAAUCAUCAUUGGCCAUUAGAUGGAAUGAACACAUAACUGCUUUCCUCAUUCACUUCUAGAGCAAGCUUAUUGUAAAUGCAGAUGUAGAAUCCUACGAUAUACAUCAAGACAAUCAUAGUCAAAUGUGGCAACCCCACUUUACUAUUAGUUUUGCACAGCUAAUCUGUAGUGGUGACCAGACUCCAUUACUUUUUUGUUCCAUUUUGGGGAAUGAGGGUCGCUUGAAGCAGAACAGUAAUGUAAAAAUGAUUACUACAACUAAAAAUGGUGAUUAUUAUGAUUACUGGAUCACGAUUUGCAAUGAAAAAAGUUGCCUUUUUAGCUGUUGAUGAACUACUACUACUACUGCAUUUACUUUACCCAGUGUUGCAGAGUUAUUCUGUACAGUAUAUUAAAAUGUGUAUUUUACAUCCAGCUGCAAUCCCACCACAAUGGCAUUGUUAGUGACUGACUCUCAGUAAUUGCUUUGCCAUUUGGAGCUAAUUCACAACAUUUGUGACAGUUAUGAUGGCCAGUGUCCAUGUGUAAAUGGCAUUUGGCUCCAGCCUUAUCUCUAUCCAUUUAUAUUUGUCUUAUCUUUGCCUUUUUUUCUUUUUUUGUCAUUUGUAAUAAAUGUUUUCAUGUUGCUGUUUGGUUGCAAUGUCCAAAACCCCAGAAAUCUUAUUGAGUAAAGCGUUCAAGUAUCUACAGAGUUUCUCCAGGGGUACAAAUUUAGGAGUAUUCUUUUUCUAUUAUUUUUUUUUGUGUCAAUAGCCAAAUAUGAUAGAGCUGUUUUAAUGGCAACUUUACGAUGUAAUCAAAACUCUCACACAGCUUCUAAUACAAUGGAAGAGCUAUUCAUUUAUUUGAGACUCUAGCAAAGCCAAAUACUAUAAUAUAGCAUCAUAUCAUAAGUCUGUAGGAAUUGAAUGUGAAAGCCACAUAUCGCAUGAAGUGGGCAUCCUUAAGUCCUCCUUUGGCUGUAAGCACUGCCUGACACAGGAUUGUCUUGGAGGCCAUUAAGUGCUUGUAUGUACUCCAUGACAAAUCCUAAUGCCAUAAUCAGACAUGUUCAUGCUUUUUGUAGAUACAUGAAAAACAGCUCUAUCAUAAAACUCAGUUUGGGCUAUUUAUAUGUUCUGAAAGCUUCUGUUGUGUUGGCAAACCAUAUCGGUGAUCGCAUAUCUAAUAUAUAUAUAUACAAGACAAACAAUUUAUACACAGCUGAUGAAGCACCAAUCAUUUGUUUUAGCAAGAUAAGGCCAGAAUGCAGAGCCAAAAAUGGUCAUUAAUCAUGUCUUAUUUAAAUAACAGAGCAAAGCUAUAUUGGCACUGUUGUCACUUUACUUCAGAAUCAAUGAAGGGGAAAGAAAGGUAAAGAAAACUAAAAGAAACAAAACUAGACAAGCAAUCCAUAAUAUCCUUAAUUCACUGAGGAUGUGUCACAGUCUAGCCUAGGAUUCAUGUUGGAUGUGAGAAGAGAGAGGUUGUGACAUUUUUACUGGCACAGAGAACAUCCAAGCCAUCCAUCCCUCAGUGCCAGUAAUGUGCCAGGCAGUGCUGAAGCCAAUGGAGGACUCCAGAAGACCCACUGCUGCGAAAAGAGGCUUCUAGUUUGCUGAAUUUAAGCAAAAUCUACUUUUGCUAUGAGACUGAGAAAUGUACUUUACUCUUUGCUUUCCAUCUUGCAAGCUCAGAAUCCAUUAUUUAAAAGAAAGAAAAAAGGACUGUUUCUUAGAUUGAUGCUUUAAAAUGAUCAGAUUUAAUGUAAUUCCCUGGAGAUAACUAGAACUGUAGUAAAUAAUUUGAAAAGUCUUAAAACUAUUUUUAAAUAAUCAAUUAUCAAUAGCAGAGCCUGAUAGGAAUUCAUGUUUUAUGACAUAAUUUAUGUGAUCUUCAAAGAAAUCUGUAAAGCUUAAUGUAAGAUAUUUCUUUGUAGUGUGUUCUUGUUUGACAAAUAUUCUUGUUUGACAGUACCUGUGGGGUUGAGAGACAUUUGGCAUUGCGGUCUAGUUUAUAUUAUUUUGUGCUUCUUUUUUUUUUAGCACAUUGACUUGUCAGUACAAUAAGAGUGCUAAGUUGAUAUUUCUGACUAUGUCAUAAUACCCAAUAAUAAAUACAGUUUAUUGUCUUGUACAAAUAGGCUUGUACAUAAAUUGUACAUGAUUUCAUUUUGUAUUUUCACAAAUUAAAAAGCUGAUGUA